CCCUUUUAGGGGAUUUGGUGGUGUAGACAAAACAUUCAAAGAUCUUGUUCUUAAUCUUCUCUUCAAUUUUUCUCUCUUUUUUCUCACUCUGAAAACCUUCAAUAAAUUUUAAGAGAUGGAGCUGGCCUUAAGCUUGGGAAACAGUGGUGUAGUGAGUAACAGUGUAGGCUUCUGUAUGGGAUCAUUAUCAUCAUUAUCAGCUGUAACAAGAUCAACGGUUGAGAAAUUAGAAGGAGAUAAUGAUGAGAAUAGUAUGAAAAAUGAUGAUCAUGAUCAUGAUGAUAGAAAGGAAAACGUGAUUUCUUGUUUGUCAUCAGAUCCAUCACCUCUACAACUUGAUCUUCUACCGUUUUCCCCUGUUCCUCGUUCCACCCAACCACCUCCUCCUCUUCGCUUUCCUUGGCUUGCUGAUAAUUUGAGUUCAGAACCGGGUUCAUCAGGCGGUUCAAGAUUAAAACCUUCAGAACAAAAGCGACGAGCAACAGUGGUUCCCACAAAGGCGGAAGAAGGGGAGGAGCAGUCGUCACCAAACAGUGGAACGUCGUCGUUUAUGGAGUUUUCACUGUAUACAAGUAAAAAUAACAAUGGAGGAAAAGGAGUAAUGAUUAGAAGAGAAAACGGAAAUAAUAAUUCUAAUAAUAAUAAUAAUAUUUUGAAAAAUGGUUCAGAAGAAAUAAUAGGAAUAGGAAUAGGAACAGGUGGAGGAGGAGUAGGAGGAAAUGAUGAAAGAGGAAGUGAUGAUGAGGAGAAUGGAUCAAGUAAGAAAAAGCUUAGACUUUCUAAACAACAAUCGGCAUUUCUUGAACAAAGUUUUAAAGAGCAUCAUACUUUGAACCCUAAGCAAAAGCUAGCAUUGGCAAAACAACUGAAUCUUCGGCCUCGUCAAAUUGAAGUUUGGUUUCAGAAUAGACGAGCCAGGACAAAGUUGAAGCAAACAGAAGUAGAUUGUGAGUAUUUAAAAAAAUGCUGUGAGACAUUGACAGAAGAGAACAGAAGGUUACAAAAAGAGCUUCAAGAAUUAAGAGCCUUGAAAACAUCUCAGCCUUUCUUCAUGCAACUUCCUGCCACUACUCUUACUAUGUGUCCUUCUUGUGAACGUGUCACCCCCACUUCCACGUCCUCCGUCACUGUCGCCGCCGCCUCCUCCUCUGGCCCCGCCACUCCCUCCACGUCCGAACCUGUCGCUAAACCCGCUACCACUUCCGGAACUGCUUCAAAAGGCACUAAUGAUAUCAAGUUAUCUCUCGGGAAGCCUACUUCAUGAGAUAUGCUUAACUUUGCUACUUUUGUAUUUCUAACGUUGUUCUCUUAAUGAAAAUGGCCCCACAUCCUUAUAAAUUGAGGUAACACAUAAAUUAUUAUUUUCUUCAAAAUUAAACUAAGAAAUGUUUGAUAACUAACUGUUGUUGUUGGUUUGUUUGACUGAAAGUGUUUGCUGUUUUUCUUGGCUUUUAAGUUAGUUGAAAAAGCUAGCUGCUUGUAAAUAUGUUUGGUAAAUUUGAGUAUUAGUUGUUGGCUAUUUAUUAGAUAAAAAGUGAGCCAACAAGCCAAAAGUCAACCAAAAAAGCUAGCUGGAGCAACUUUUUCAUUUUGGUUUAAAAGCUAGUUAUCAAACACUUUUUGUGUUUGUUUGACCAAUCAAUAAGCAAAAAGCCAACCAAAAAACCAACCGAAAAGCUAACUAUUAAACGCCCCUAAACAGUAACAAAUUCGAUAGAAUAUAAGAAUAUAGUUUGCGUGUUAAUUCCUUUUCCUAAUUUAAACUCUUUUUGGUUGGAAUUAUUCAACUAAUUUUGGGUGGUCGUGGUAAUAUGAUAGAUAUAAUAUUAGUUUUUUUAGUUUUUUUGUCUUUUUGAAUUUGCAAUGUAUAAUUAAAAUUUUUUAUGUAUUUGAGCUAUAUUGUAAAACUUAAAGGAACUGAGAGAGUAGUGAUUUUGUUGAGUGAUUGGAGA